GUUUCGUCAACUAAUAAUUUUAUCCUCUGGUCUGGUGAAAUUUGAGCACAGUAGGUUACUCUUUGCUUUAUCAUUUGGAUAUCUUCUCUGCUCAACAGCCGAGUAACGCCAUGGCCAAUCUUUUAAGUUCUAAGUUAUCAAUUUCCACCACUAAACCAUCUCUCUUUAACACCGACAGCAACCACCGCCCUCUUCUCUUUCCUUUUUGUGAAUAUUCAUCUUUAACAACGCCCAUACUUCCUUUCACUUCCUCUUCCUCUUCCAACCUCAAAACUAGGCAGCCAACUUACUGCUCCAAACCAAAGACUCAUCGCUCUAACCAAAAUUUCAGUACUAAUGUAUCUAGCGUGGCUAAUGCUGAAGUGGGGGAGGAGCAGAUAGAAAAGGAAGUUGCUAAGGGUUACACUUUAACUCAAUUUUGUGAUAAGAUGAUUGAUGUGUUCUUGAAUGAGAAGCCUAGAGUUAAAGAAUGGAGAAAGUAUUUGUUGUUUAGAGAAGAGUGGAACAAGUAUAGAGAGAGCUUUUAUAACCGGUGUCAAACACGGGCAGACGAGGAAACCAAUCCUACUAUGAGGGAAAAAUUGGUCACCCUGGCUAGCAAAGUGAAGAAGAUUGAUGAUGAAAUGGAAAGGCAUAGUGAUCUUCUUAAGGAGAUAAAAGACAACCCUACUGACAUAAAUGCAGUAGUUGCGAGGCGACGCAAAGACUUUACAGGGGAUUUUUUCCGCUACCUGAUUCUAUUUUCAGAAUCCAAUGACAGUCUGGAAGAUCGUGAUGCUGUGUCCAGACUGGCAACCAGAUGUUUGUCUGCCGUCAGUGCUUACGAUAACACACUGGAAAGUGUGGAUACACUAGAUGCUGCCCAGGCAAAAUUUGAUGAUAUCCUCAACUCUCCAUCUAUAGAUGUGGCUUGUGAUAAGAUCAAAAGCCUUGCCAAGGCAAAGGAACUUGACUCUUCAUUGAUUUUACUGAUUAAUAGUGCUUGGGCUUCUGCAAAAGAAUCCACAACUAUGAAGAACGAGGUUAAAGACAUUAUGUAUUGCCUAUACAAAGCCACAAAGAGCAGUCUUAGGAGCAUUGCGCCCAAGGAAAUAAAAUUACUCAAGUAUUUACUAAACAUCACAGACCCUGAAGAACGAUUCUCAGCAUUGGCAACAGCUUUUUCACCUGGCAGUGAACCUGAAGCCAAAGACCUUAAGGCAUUAUACACCACUCCCAAGGAGCUGCAUAAAUGGAUUACAAUAAUGCUUGAUGCGUACCAUCUGAACAAGGAAGAAACUGACAUUAGGGAAGCUAAGCAGAUGGCUCAACCAGUAGUUAUCCAAAGGUUGUUCAUCCUCAAGGAAACUAUUGAAGAAGAAUACUUGGAAAAAAACACACAUCAAGAUCAAAAAGUGCAAACAGAAGAGUUCAGUCUUUAAUAAAGUAUGUCCUAUCCUCCUUAAAAAUACCUCUUGUGUUUGCCUAUGCAGUGUGGGUGAAAGUUGUUUCUUGGUACAGUUUUGGGUUGUGAGCCAAAAACACAGUGCCUCAUUGAUGAUGAGGUAAAUUUACUUUGUUCUGUUUUGGUGGAGCUUUCAUGAGUGGAGUUCAUAAAUGAUGAUCCACAGUUUUGUUUUGUAUUGAAGUUGUAGGUGCGUAUUGGUUGUUUUGAUGACAAGAAAUAUUGCAGAUUGGAAUGGUGUAACAUAAUGUAUAAUUUAUGAGAAAAAUGUUAUUAGCUUA